GUUUGCCUAAUGGAAAGCAGGAAAACAAGCAUUCAGUGUGAAGUACCAGAAGAUCAACCUCUGAAACUUGCUGGGACAAAGAAGAUUCUUCUGUUAUCUAUUACUACUUGCUUUUAAUAUUACAUAAAGAAGAUCCUUGGUGUGUUGUGAGCAGGCGAGGAUUUCUCCUCCUACUGUGGGCCUGUCAUGGAUGAAGAAACUCAGCACAGCCUUGAAUGCAUCCAGGCUAAUCAAAUCUUUCCCAGAAAACAGCUGAUCCGUGAGGAUGAGAACCUGCAGGUCCCCUUCAUUGAGCUUCAUGGUGAGAGCACAGAGUACGUGGGACGAGCAGAAGAUGCCAUCAUUGCACUUUCUAAUUACAGACUUCACAUCAAGUUCAAGGAGUCUGUUGUGAAUACUCUCUGUCAAUCCGAUGCUUGUGAAAUCUCAGUUCCAUUACAGCUUAUAGAAAGCGUUGAAUGCCGGGAUAUCUUUCAGCUUCAUUUGACUUGCAAAGACUGCAAGGUUAUCAGGUGUCAGUUCUCUACGUUUGAGCAGUGUCAGGAGUGGCUUAAGCGACUGAACAAUGCCAUUCGCCCUCCUUCGAAGAUAGAAGAUCUUUUUUCGUUUGCAUACCAUGCUUGGUGUAUGGAAGUGUAUGCCAGUGAAAAAGAACAGCAUGGGGAUUUGUGCCGGCCAGGGGAGCAUGUAACAUCAAGGUUUAAAAAUGAAGUUGAACGCAUGGGUUUUGAUAUGAACAAUGCCUGGAGGAUCUCCAACAUCAAUGAAAAGUAUAAGCUUUGUGGUAGCUACCCACAGGAGAUUAUAGUUCCUGUUUGGAUCACGGAUAAGGAACUGGAGAGUGUGGCAGGCUUUCGUUCCUGGAAACGUAUCCCUGCUGUAGUUUACAGGCACCAGAGUAAUGGGGCAGUGAUUUCCCGUUGCGGACAGCCUGAGGUCAGUUGGUGGGGCUGGAGGAAUGCAGACGAUGAACACCUUGUCCAGUCAGUGGCCAAAGCCUGUGCCUCAGAUUCUAGAUCUAACAGCAACAAAUUAAUAAAUGGAAACUGUUCCAGAGAUUUCUCUAAUGGAGGGGACCUCUCCGACGUUGAAUUUGAUUCUUCAAUCUCUAAUGCUUCAGGAGCAGAGAGUUUGGCCAUCCAGCCUCAAAAGCUCUUAAUUUUGGAUGCACGAUCAUAUGCAGCUGCUGUAGCUAACAGAGCCAAAGGGGGAGGCUGUGAGUGCCCAGAAUAUUAUCCAAACUGUGAGGUGGUGUUCAUGGGGAUGGCAAAUAUCCAUUCUAUCCGGAAAAGCUUUCAGUCAUUGCGUUUGCUCUGCACACAGAUGCCAGACCCAGGAAAUUGGCUGUCAGCACUGGAAAGUACUAAAUGGCUGCAGCACUUGUCUGUGCUUCUGAAAUCUGCUCUAUUGGUAGUACAUGCUGUGGACAGAGAUCAGAGGCCUGUCUUGGUGCACUGUUCAGAUGGCUGGGAUCGAACACCUCAGAUAGUGGCACUGGCCAAAUUGCUGCUGGAUCCAUAUUACCGGACCAUUGAGGGCUUCCAGGUGCUAGUGGAGAUGGAGUGGCUUGAUUUCGGCCACAAGUUUGCAGAUCGCUGUGGCCAUGGUGAGAAUUCGGAUGACCUAAAUGAACGCUGCCCGGUGUUUUUACAGUGGUUGGACUGCGUCCAUCAGCUCCAGAGGCAGUUUCCUUGCUCUUUCGAGUUUAACGAAGCAUUCCUUGUCAAAUUGGUGCAGCACACCUAUUCUUGCCUCUUUGGUACAUUCCUGUGCAACAAUGCGAAGGAGAGAGGAGAAAAACACACUCAGGAACGGACUUGUUCUGUUUGGUCUCUGCUGCGGGCAGCAAACAAAGCCUUCAAAAACCUGCUUUACUCCUCCCAGUCAGAAUCUGUGCUGUAUCCUGUGUGCCAUGUGCGUAAUUUAAUGCUCUGGAAUGCUGUUUACCUGCCAUGUUCUUCCCCUUCAACCCCUGCUGAUGAUACUUGUGCCCCUUACCCUGUUCCAGGCUCCAGCCCUGAAGAUCAGCCUCUGGGCAGGCUACCAAAGACGAGAUCAUUUGACAAUCUGACAACAGCCUGUGACAGCAAUGUGCCUACAAACAACCGACGUAGUAGUGAUCCCAGCCUAAACGAAAAAUGGCAAGAGCACCGCAGGUCCCUGGAGCUGAGCAGUCUUGGCAAUCCAGGGGAUGAUCCAUUUGAUGGAGACAGCUUGAGCAAACAAUGCAGAGCUCCAGUUGGAGCAGAACUUUCAGUUGCAGCUGGUGUGGCAGAGGGACAGAUGGAAAACAUUUUGCAGGAGGCCACCAAAGAAGAUGUUGGUUUGGAGGAGCUCUUGAGAGGCACACUGGGAUCAACAGGUAAAGAGGAGGAGGAGGAGGAAGAGAUUGUCCUGGAUAAGGAGAACAGAACUGAAAACCUGUGUGUUCAUGUUGAUGGCUUCUAUAAAAAGUCUGAGAGAGAUCCAGCUACAAUAAUGAACAAUCCAGUGCCCAAUCCACAUCCAGAUUCACAAGGUGCUUCUGAGUUUAAAGGGCAACAGAAUGAAUAUAUUGAUCUCAGUAACAAUAUCCAGAAGUUGCCUCAAGUGAAAGGACUACAAACUGUUACAGAGAGUACUGUAAGUAGUGAUAUUCAGAACAACAUAGAAGAAGGUGUUAGUAGGCUGCAGAUGGAAACAGAGAGUCACUAUAGUACACCACAGCCCAGCCCUCCAUUACCCAUCACAAUCCAUGAUGCAAGAACAUCCAAUAUUGAAAGUUCUACUGAAACCUUAACAGAAAACGAAGGAAAGCAAGACCUAAUGCAGAAAGGUCCUUGCCACAGACCUCAUCUGAUAGACAACAGUGCUGUGGAGCAUUCUGAAACUGCUGAAUAUAGGCCAGAAGGGGAAAGCAUGCUAGAACUGCACAAAACAGGAACAAAAGUAAACAGGACUUCUAACAGAAAUAAUACUUACAGCCUAAUGCCUUCCCCUUGUGCCUUGCCUUUAGCUGAAAGUAAAGAGGAGAUUGUAUGUAAUGGAGAGCCAGAAACUGAGAACAAGGUGACAGAGAAACCUGCAGGGUUUAAUAUUACCCAGAAAUACCCUGCAGCAAACGGACAUUGUGUUAAUGGAGAGGAUGGUAAGAGCAAAGCCUCCUUGAGCCGGCAGGUCUCCACAGCAAGUUGUAGUUCAGCCCAGUUUCAUUUGAGGAAUUUGCACCACAAGUGGGUACCGAGCCCUGCUGGUCGGCAGCUGACAGCCAGCAGUCCAGACCAACCUGCCAGGAGCCACCUGGAUGAUGAUGGAAUGCCAGUCUACACGGACGUUAUCCAGCAGCGCCUGCGCCAGAUUGAAACUGGUCAUCAGCAAGAAGUGGAGACUUUGAAAAAGCAGGUGCAAGAGCUGAAGAGUCGUUUGGAGAGCCAGUACCUCAACAGUUCGCUACGCUUCAAUGGGGAUUAUGGGGAUGAAGUGACUUCAAUACCCGACUCGGAAAGCAAUCUGGAUCAGAACUGCUUGUCUCGCUGCAGCACAGAGAUUUUCUCUGAAGCCAGCUGGGAGCAGGUGGAUAAACAGGACACAGAGGUAACACGAUGGCUUCCAGACCACCUAGCUGCCCAUUGCUAUGGUUGUGACAGUACAUUUUGGCUUGCCAGCAGGAAGCACCACUGCAGGGACAUUGAACGUGUUGAUCAAACCUGGAAUUGUGGGAAUGUCUUUUGUUCCAGUUGCUGUAACCAGAAGGUGCCAGUUCCUAGUCAACAGCUCUUUGAACCCAGCAGAGUCUGCAAAUCUUGCUACAGCAGCUUGCACCCCAGUUGUUCCAGCCUUGACCUUGAACUGGAUAAACCCAUCACUGCCACUUCAAAUUAAAGCUCCAGCCUGGAAGGAAUGGGAGAGAGAGACAGUGCUAAUCUUCCCCUACGCGGACCCGCACAUGCUUGGUGAACUGAUGCUGGUAGGACUGGAGAAGCCGUGCACUUUGGAGUUUGAGGCAUGGAACACUGCUCGGAGGGCCAGAGCUCUAGGACGUACCACUGGAUUGUGGGACUCUACUUUUCCAUCUAUUCCCCCCCUUUCCUUUUUAUCUUGUUUGUGUGUACAUAUAUAUAUAAUAUAUAUAUAUAUAUUUUUUUUUUUUUUUGGUUUGCUGGAAGACUGUAGAGUGGGAAAGGAGGCUGGGUCCAGAGCCAGGUCUCCCUGAUGCUUUUGGCACUCCCAUUUCUGUGUUGAAGACAGACUUCUCCUUUUUAUGGAGGAAAGGAGAGGAGGGGAAUCAGUCCAGAGAUGGCGUGCAGAGCGUGAAUACCUGUAGCGUCAGUGCUAGUGCUUUCAGUCACUCCUGUUACUUCCAAACAAGAAACUGCUGUUUGGGAAACUGUUGCUGCUAGAAGAAAUGGGAAUCUCUUUCCCAAGAGAGCACUCUCCCUCUCUGUUCUUAGAGUGGGUUUAGUUAUCCUCCCUGCGUGAAAGGGGAAUCAAUCACAGAUUUCCAUACUCAGUGGCUCUGUACAUACUUAUUAUAUAAUCCAUGUGUUAUUGCCAUUAGCCAAGUUGGCCGUUAUUUUGAGUGGAAACAUCUGGACACCUUCGACUAAGGAAAGUGUGCGCUUGUUUGAGGGAAGUGAGAAGGAAAGGGAUUGAACAGACUGCUUGUUUGGGGCUGGUUUUACACUGGCAUCUCUAUGUAAGAUUCUGUAAAUGCAAUUUAUUUAAAAAACAAAAAAAAGGGGGUGAUGUCCGGGAAAUUAGAAGGCUUUUAAACGUCUACCCUUGCUCCAUUUUUAGGAUGGUUUACGCAGAAGGCAGAGCUGUUUCACUAAUAGUACAUUCAUAUGGUUCCUAUAAACAUAGGAUGAAUAUCAUACUGUAGAUCAGACUCACACUUUAAUGAGAUAACCCAAAGCAACUAAAGGACAGCUGUGAUAUGCUAACUAAAUGUCAUUACCCUCAGACUGUCAGCCAGUAAAAGGUAGCGUACUGCCUCUGGUAUCAUCUGUGAAACAUUUCCUUCUCUUCAUUCUGCGGUCUGCAUACCCCAGACAUGAAAAUCCUGACCAAGGGCCCUAUCCAGAAUAAAACAAAUCAUGGAUUUUUCCAUGCUUUUAUAAGUCACCUCAGUAAAGUGUGAGUCUCUCUAACAGAGAACUUUUUAUGCCUAGGUCUCUUUUCCUUUUGAUAAACACUGCUUAGUGCAGUUUGGAGAAGAAAGGUACAUUAUAACGUUCUGUUUCAUGAUUUAUUGUACAAAUUUAAGUUGUGACAGCUUCUGGUUCUGAUGUUCUCAAAAAGAACAAAUCCCAUUGAAGUAUUUGAAAGUUGUUAGUAUGAAAGUGCAAGGAAUUAUAAUGGAUCUUGGGCAAGAUGGAUACUCGCUGGUAGUGAAGCAUCAAAACAUCACCUAGAGUGAAGUUCUCACAGAGAGAAUGUCUGGUAGCACCUAAUGGGAAAGAAGUGUCAAGGCCUUUUACUUUUGACAUCUGAACUUUCCACACUCUUUGAGAAAGAAGCAUAAACUGCUGUAGAGUUAAGCUAAAGAUUCACAAGACAAACAUGAAUGUUCCAAGCUGUUUCACAUAGCAGCCUAUGUACUUAAAUUACAAAGGGGCUGCUAACAAGGCUCCUUGAGUUCUUCCCUGGUACAUGCUUUGAAACACUUUCAAAUCAUCGGUAGGGAAGAGCAGACAGAAAGAUAGGGUCUCCAGUUUGAGUUGCAUCUAGAAUCAAUUGUUCCCGGAACUGCUCUAGACGUUAGAGUUUCAGGUAAAACAGAGAAAGUUGGAACAGGAGCCAGAGUAAUACACAGCUCCUAUCACUCUGGCUUUUCCAUUGAGGUUGUGAUUAGAAGUCUGAUUUUAGGGGACAUGGUAUAGUUCUGCACACUAAUAUUGUGUGGUUUUGUGGUGCAAAUAGACAGUCAAAACUAAGUCUAAGAUUCUGCAGUUCCUAAUGACAGGUGCCAAGAGGUUAUGAUACGGGUUUUUUGGGUCUGUGAUGUAUAGUGUGAAUAAAUGCUUGCAGCUCUUAGUCUUUUUUGAUCAAUGAAGCACUUUUUUAUUAAUAUUAUUUUUCUUUUUAUGUAAAGGAGGAACUGAUAUCUCUCCAUAGCUGUAUAUAUAACCCUUCUCUCCUAAAGAGAGUAAAGUGCUCCUAUAUUUUUCAUUUUUGUCAAAGCAAGAAGUAAAUACUUUAGAAUUGUUGAAUAUAUAAAUAAAAGUGAAUAAAAUUUAGAGUUUUGCAUGGGAGCAUUUGCUAACACACUUUCUAUUUUUUUAUUUUACCUUCCUGUCCUUCUUAGGCGAAAUAUUUGAGGUUCAACAGAGACAUUGAUGCCUUUGAUAAAAAAGACUGAAAGCCUCCUCUUGCUUUCUUUUCCACUGUGUGUCUUUGCAAGGAACAUGCGCAUAUUUUUUUAGAAGAAAAAAAUAUAUAUUAUGGUUGGUUUUACUGGUAUUAGAAUCCCAGCCAGGUUGUGGGGGGAAGGGGACAUAAAAUUAGCAGCAUCAGGUACUUUUCUGUAACAAUCAAUGCAGUUUUCCUUUGAACAGAAAAACUGGGUGUUAAGAGAGUUUGAUCUUCCUUUGUACCUCAGAUUUUUCUUCCCUUGCGCUGACCAUCAGAUUUCAAAGCUUGAUCUAAUGAUUACCCCAAACAUGCUGAAACGGCACAGGUCACCAGACCUCAUCCCAGGCGUCAGUACAGUUUGGAAAAGGGAGUUCUGCAUAUGUCCACCAUCUGCAGCAAACAAAGUGUCAGUAUUCACUGUAAGAUAAUGCUGGUGAAGAACUUGAAGCCCAGUUCUGAUUUGCAUGAUUUCUGCCUUAUUUUCAGUGCUUUAUGGAGAAGCCAGGGGUCUUUGGGAACAAACCAAAUUCACUCAGGUUUAAUGAUGAAAACUCUUAUAAUCUCAAGCUGGACAACUCUACUAGUUCUUCUGAAAAACCUCACCUGCAUAAGGGUCUACUUCUCUUAGAGCUGCUAGUUUGUUUCAGUAACGUUACUUCAUGUCCACACCUGUCCACUUCCCAUCACACAACCUUGUGGCUUCUUUUAUUAAUUUUUUUACUUCAGUAUUUUAUGUCAGGAAUUUUGUACUGAGCUCUCUGGGUGAUUGAACAAUUCUCUAAGAAUCUCUUGCUUAUUUUGGCACAGCCCUAUUCUAGCCCCAAAGUGUGGUGCACAGCUAUUUUACAAUCUUACUGCAUUUUUCUUUAAAAAUUAAAUAAUACUGCCGAUUCUUGAGAGAGCUGUGAUCACGGCCAGUGGUUCUCUCUCUCAGCUUCAAGAACAAAAUAAAAAAAAAUCCCAUCUAAUGUUGUGCACUGUUAAGAAUGAGUAGGGGGACAUUCAGGGUAAUCGUCAGUUAUACACUAGCAUAAUGUGACUUUAGAUAGCUCCUUUCAUACCUGAGUUAUUUCAAAGUGCUUUUCCACUAACUCAUUAUUCUGUAAUACAAUGAUUGUAGGCUUCAUCUGUGCAUCAGCAUCUCUGGCCUCAAAUAUGACACAUGCUAUCAUUGAAAGCUGCUCUAUUAUGAAUGGGCUAUUGAGCAGGAAACUGGGAUUAUCCCCAUCUAUUGCCAGAAAGAUCUGAUGUUUAAUUUCCUCCUGGAGUUACUCUAGUAUUGAACAGCAAAGGUUUUCAAUUUGAAGAACCCAAAGGGACCGCCCUUCUAACAGGUCAGCAGUCCCUUUGAGUGCAUUGCAUUGCUGAUGUUUAGGAGUCUAUGUCCAAGGGAUCAGUUGUACCUAAAAAAUAUUUGUUCCUCUUCUUUGAUGGAGCUGGUAAAUACCUUAAAAUUGCAAAAGUACAGUUGCUAUUGUAAAAUACAACUUCAGUGCUGCCUUACCUGCUGUGCACUCCUCUUCAAAUGAUGUUCAAAUAGCCUUUGAAGCACCACUUGUGAAGAGACUAGCUGUUCACCGGUGGUUUAAGGAAAAGGCUGUCUUAUGGAGUCAAAAAACUGCACAUGAAAUAACCUAAGUAUGCUUACAGCUGGGCAGUGGUUGUCCCAACAACCAUUAGAACAGAGUUAAUGAACAGGUGCCAUUCUGAUGGGGAUGGGAACUGAUCAGUUAUUCACACCUUGAGUUGACAGUCAACAGAUGAAGUAUUCUGGUGGUAGUGUGAGUGGCAAUAAGUCAUGAGUGCUUCACCUGAGGGGUCAAGAACAGGUUAGCAGUUGGUAAAAAAAAGAAGGAAGAACUCAGGCUUCAGUAUGUAGGAACGUAGCAUGGUUCAAAACUGCCACCUUAAGCUGUUUUGUGGGGCUGUUAAAAAGCAGUAACCAUGUGCAAGUGUGCUGAGCUGAUUCAGUCAUGUAGAGGAGCUUGGGGGUGCAGAUGCCUGCUUACCUUUUUGACAGAUCCUGCAUUCCUGUAGGCUCCUCAUUGGGAUGAUAAGCUAAGAGAACUAUCAGUGUCCCUCCACAGUUCAUUAAAGGAUCAGGCUAUAACUGGCUCUUUUGAAGGAGGUGUACAAACCACUGCUGCAAAUAUUGCUGCAUGGAAGUCAGUUCACUCAUGGUUUUGGUUCAUAUUCAGGUUCUGAAUCAGGAUCUACAUUGUCUCUAAAGCCAUCAUCAGCUGUAUCACCCAGAAGAGGUUGCUUAUCGCUGCUAUUUAGCAAGGCACAUAGAAUCAUUAUUUUUGGCUAAAAAGGGCAAGCAGCAUUUUAGACUCUUUUCUCUAGGUUGAACAAUGGGGAGGAGUGUAGCUCUGGUUCAUAGAAAUACCGAAUGGAAGCAUGUGUUUGGAGUUACAUAGAUGCUUUUGUUUAGGUUGUUUUAAGGGACAGCUUGGUAAUUCUGCUGUGGGCAGUUUCAGUCCUUUACAACCACAAAACCUGUUGGAGCAGCACAGAGGAUCUAAAUAUACAGCCAAAAUCUAGCCCAAGGUGCAUGAAAUUGUAGUUUAUCCACAGCUUUCUCUACACUAUAUAGCCUAACCUGGCUCUCUGGCUAAGUGGGAAUCCACCAGCACAACCAAGAGGUAACAGAUGCUGAACUAUAAAUUUUAAUACAGCCAUGACGCUACCCACAUUUGUCUGUCUUUGUUUUUUGCACACUGUGGACAUCCCAUUUCCUGGACAGAUAAAUAAUGAUUCUCCAUCCCUUCAUUUUAUGCUCACAGUAUAGGCUCUAGUCCUCAGAUUGUUGCAUUUGAGGGUUUCAUGAUUAACAGAGCCUUUGGACUUUCAAAUUUUUGAAAUGCUGCUAAACUUACCUUACUAUUUAACAAGUAUACGUUUUGAGGGUUUUUCUUUUUUCUUUUUUUUUUCUUUCUUUUUUUUUUUUUUUUGUUUUACCUAUUUCCCAGAGUUAUCUUAUUAAAUGAAUUAUCUUGCAGUGGUCACAGGUGAUGCAUUUGAUUGUACCUUUUUGGUGGAAUUUGUAUUAAAAUGGCAUCUGACUAAUUACUUCAAGAACAUUAAGUGUUUCAAAACAUGCAGACCUAUGAGACCAGAGAGCUGUUUAUCAGCAGUAUAAAUUGUUAGACCCUAGUGCUUACUUGUUUGUAACAGCAUUUAUUCUGCUGUAGCCUCAGAGUGAAUAUUUAGAUCUUAAUAAAUUUGUCUUUUUCAUACACAGUGACAGUUUUACAGUCCAUUGUGUUUUGUACCAGUGUCUACUUAGGGCUCCCAGUUUAUGAUGUUUCUUCCUAGGCAAAUUAUAGCUCAUACAGAUAAUUGGCAGAAGACUGGGCUUAACAGGGCUUAGCCUCCUCAAUGCAGCUCCACUGCUCCACCGUGAUGCCGUAGCGCUGCACCCAGCACCCCCAGCAUGCACUGGCACCAUAACAGCCCUACAGAAGGGAGGGAUGGCCCCGCACUGCCCUGCACCACUCUGCACUGUCCCCUGCACCCUUGGCCCCCCCCCAAAUAAGAUUCUCUCUCGCCACCACUGCUCAAACAUUAGGCAAAGAAAUAUUUGCAGUGUUCAGAAAUGGGUAUUUAAUGCAUAAAAAUUGACAUGACAUCCUAAGCAUGGAGGGAUCUUCAGAGCUUGACAAAGCCCUGCCAAACACUGCAUUCCUGGAGCAAAGCUCCCAGCAGAAAUAGGGAUCUGGAUGAUCUUAGUGGCCAGAUUUUGUAUUGAAAACACCAAGGCUUACAACCUCCUGGCUAUGUUCUUUACUGACCUGUAUUGAGGCUUGGUAACAAUGAUUAACUGUGUUGAGUUCAGAGACCGGAUCGGGUGAGACAGUGAACACGCUAGAUGGAAUGUUGCUGUGAUUUCUGGACUGGGGUGAAGGCGGUGGUAGGUUAAAGUGACAUCAAAACCUCUCCUCAAGAUUACUGCCUACCCACUCUGUGAGCUAAGAUACAGUUCAAGAGCAUGUACUGGGGACUGUGCCUGCUUUGUCUCCCUAUAUGUGCUGAGUGCUGUCCGUACUUCAAAAACACCAGUGCCGCACAACGGAAACACAUUGGCCUCUUUCCUCAUUCCUUUUCCCAGAGCUAUAAAAUCAUACUUCUCUGUCAGGUUCAAAGAAAUGAUUCCCUAUUUAAAACCAUUAUGCCUUGUGUAUUUGAUCUCACUGAAAUCGGCUUUUCUUAAACAGCAGGUAUAAUAUAGCACAGAGUCAAUGCUGAUCCCUAAGUUUGACUUCUGAUACGCAGAGGGCCAGCUUCACAUAAGAGCCAGGCACCAAUGUCUAGUGUGCAGGCACCACUGAAAUCCUCACGAUUCUACUUGGUUUCUGCCUAAGCCUAUAACAUGUGUUUCUCCAUUCUUUUAUUUUAUGGAACUGUUCAGGACCCCUUCCCUGUGUAACCAUCUUCAGGAUUCUAAUUGCAGUACAGUAAUGCCCCACAAUGCAGUGCAGAUGGGAUUUACCAUGUCCAAGUUAUGCUACAGCCUUGAAAUCACGUUCUUAUGGCCAAAGCAGCUGUGGACAAUGAGUGACAAAUCACAGCCUGUGCAAGGAGUAUGUCACAGGGACAUAAGAUGGGAAAGGAAUAUGAUAAAGCUGAACAUCCAUUUUAUUUAAAACUGGGACCAUUUCUGUGUUUGGAUCAGGCUGCCACUUCAAGGUCUUUUUAAAGGCAUUGCAUACAUUUGAGCAGGUCUUUGCAGGUGAUCAUUUAAGAACAUUUUCUCCUGCAAGAGAUGCUCAAGAACAGACAUUAUAAUUGAGGUGCCGUUCAUGCCCUUGGAGUGCUGCAAGCACUAGGAAUUGCUCUAUAGCACUUUGUAGCAGAACAUGUAACAUUUGUAGUUGCAUGUAGCACUACAGGAGGUUUCUCUUGCUCUUCUGGCAUCCCCAGUCCUCUACUCUCCCCCUCUCCUCCAAGGAGGGCAGGAGAGGGAGAGCAGCAGGGCAGCAGUGAGCACUUCUCACCAUCCUACUAUGCAGGACAGUGAAGGCUCAAAGCCACCUUUGCUCCAGACUCUGGGGCAGCAGCAACCAAGCACUCCUGAUGCCUGCAGAGGUGGCAGGCAGCAAGGAGAGCUACAGCUCCCAGUCCAGAGCAGCAUCUCACAGUGACAACCCUCCUCUGUCAGCUCUGCUCCUCAGUCCCUACCACCACACUGCUGUUACCCCAGCAGCAGAGGGAGCAGCAACCACCGCUGCCCACAAUGUCAGAGACUGGCUGUUGGGUGAUCAUUGGUAGCCUGCCCAGUCCCACUUCUCUGAUGGGAGAGGGAGCAAGCAGACUGUCAGUGACAGGGCUCACUGGCAGGCUUCCCUGUAGAAGCAAGCAGGGGAAGCAGAGCAACCCCUUUCAUGCCUUGGCUAGAGAGCAUCCCUUUGUGGCAACUUUGUAGUAUUUCUGUAGAGCUACAAAGUGCUGUAGCAUCAAAGAAUCCAUUUCUAAGCACUCAGAAGAGAAGAUGGUGAUGAGGAACCAUCAGGACAGAUUUGCCAAAGACAAGUCAUGCCCGGCCAACCUGAUUGCUUUCUAUGAUGAGAUGACUGACUCUGUGGAUGUGGAAAGACCAGUGGACAUAACAUACCUUGACUUCAGGAAGGCUUUUGAUAUGAUCUCCUACAGCAUUGUUACAAGCCAGAUGAAGAAGUACAGGCUGGAUGAAUGGACUGCAAGGUGGAUAGAAAUCUGGCUGGAUUGUUGGUCUCAAUGGGUAGUUAUCAAUGGCUCAAAGUCUAGUUGGCAGCCAGUAUCAAGUGGAGUGCCCCAGGGUUUUAUUCAAUAUCGUCAUUAAUGGUCUGGAAGAUGGGAUGGAUUGCACCCUCAGCAAGUUCGCGGAUGACACAAAGCUGGGGGGAGUAGUAGAUAUGCUGGAGGGUAGGGCUAGGA